AUGUGCGCAUCAGGCCGCACCGCACGCGAGGUGCUUGCUUGGCUUUGCACGCACGACCACUGCAAGCGCGCGCACGCACCUAUGCUCCAUGCCACUCUUCCCAUGCUCGCUUCUCCUCUCCGCAUAGCUCUCCUUCUCCUUCGCUUCUACCGCGCCUGCUUACCCUUCUCCGCCUGCUUACCCUUCUCCGCCUGCUUACCCUUCUCCGCCUGCUUGCCCCUCCGCCUGCGACCCCGCCUCUGCUUUGUCUCAAGUCUCAUCCCCGCCGCCACGCCACCCCUUAUCGCCCACAUCGUCGCCCGGUCAGACUCAAAGGCCACGCCACCCCAUUAUCGGGAUCGUCCCGCAAUCCCGAUUCCCCUGGCCCUUGCGCGUCGCGCCAUCCCCGCCCACGGCUUGCGCCUGCGCGCUCCCCUGCGCCCGCCACGCCUGCGCCAGAAGGCCGGUCCGCGGCUACGCGGCGGCGGACCGAUCCGCGGCGCGCACCGCCGCCGCCAGGUGGCGGCCGGUCGAGAGCUGCGCGGAGGCCGGCGCAGGCGCGCGGCCAAGGGUGCGCCGCGCGGAGGGGCUCGUGUCUCGCCGCCGCACCCGGCUGUCGCAACGCGCGGCGGCCCCGACGCGGAGAGCCGAGAGCAGCGCGGCAUGGGGCGGCAAGGGGCGAACGCGGCGGUGGCAGCGCUGCCGACGCCGUGA